AUGGUAAAAGGUUGUUAUUCUCAAUCUCUGUACUAUGAAGGGCUGAGGUCAUAUCAUAUUGUGCCUUACACUACGGAUGAUGUCCUCUAUCAGAUGGGCUACAAUGGAGGUCACAUGGCACAACACUCUCAGCUGCUUAUUUAUCGGAUGAAAGAGUAA